ACAAAAAAAACAAUCAUCAUAUUCAGGUAAAAAUUAUGCAAAAUACCCGAUCAGAAAUCAAUCCCAAAACAUCCAUGGAUGAAGAAGAAGCCGUUCAAAGACAAGCUAUGCAACUAACAAGGGCAAUCACGCUACCUAUGACAUUAAAAGCUGCCAUAGAUCUCGGACUACUCGAGAUUACGGAGAAAGGGGGACCUGAUGUCCGCCUUUCACCAUCCGAGAUUACAUCUCGGCUAGUACCCAACAACAACAAUCAAUUAUUCCGAAUAUCUGAUAUGACGGAUCAGAUCCUUCGCCUGCUUAGCUCGUAUUUCAUUGUGUGUUGCCAUGAAGCAGGACAAGAUGAGAAUAAUACCAAAAAAAAAUGGUGAAGUUGAAAGGUUAUUCAGUUUAGGUCCUGUUUCACGUUACUUUCUUCCUAGUAGAGAUGACCAAGGUUCUUUAGCACCCAUGUUUAAUAUGAUACACGACAAGUUCAUGGUGGACGUGGUAAUUUACUA